UUUUGCGUCAGUAACAUUAAAAAAAAUACCAUUUACAAAAUGACGGAAGGCAGGAAAGCAAUAAUCGCAUUUUUCUUGAAUAAGUUUAGAUCAAUUCAGUUAGAACCCGGCAAACAUAAUUAUAAAACAUAUUUGUUACUAAUGUUUAUUCUCACAUCACAUGCUAUUCAAAUUUAUUAUGGCGGAAUGCUAGUGGCAAAGAGUGAUAAGUUUUUGACAAUGGCUCAAGGUGUUAAAACUAUCCUGAUAAAUUUUCAAGUGGGUAAAAUAAUUGCUGGACUACGUGAUGAUGACAUUAAGUACUUACUUAAAAACACUGAAAAUUUUUGGAAAUCUGAAUCUACAGAAAAAAUGUACAAGCUCGCAUUGCGAGGAGCAAAAGCAUUUCAAAAUACUCUUUAUGCAGCAUAUGUUGUCAUUAUAUUAUUUCCUAUUACUUUCGGCAGCCUGCCGUUUGAUAUUUACAUACCUGAAUUUUCUGGUGCAUUCUGGAUACAUGCAGCAUUGCAAUGUAUACAAUUUUCCUAUGUAAUGAUAAUUGUGAUUAGCGUCGACUGUUUAUUUCUGUGCCUUUCGGUGUUUGUCUUAGGACAAUUUCGAUUAUUGAAUGAACGUCUUGAAAGACUUGGCGAGAAUGAGAAAAUUAUGUAUGAAGAGGCGAAGAUUUGUGUUAAACGUCACAACUUUUUAUUGCAAUACAUUGAAAGAUAUGCCGGCAUGUUUCGCUAUGCUUUGUUUGCACAAUACUGUAUCACGACUUCAAGCGUCUGUGUAGAAAUAUUUGUCUUCGCCAAACAAGAUGUGAUUGAAAUGGCAGCAAGCUUUUUCUAUAUAAUUGGGUUAUUGUUUCAACAAUCAUUGUACUGCUUUCCGGCUGAGAUGGUUAUUCAAGAGGCAUUAUAUACAAGGCAAGCUAUAGUCAACUCGAAGUGGUAUGAGCAUCCACAAUUGGCUAAAAUAUAUGUUGAAAAUAUAAUGCGACGCUCGCAAAAAAUUAUAGUUUUCAGCGCUGCUGGAUUGGUUAAUAUAAACCACGUCGCAUUAACCACGAUUUUCAAGUGGUCAGUGUCCUUUUAUACAUUAAUGCGCGAUAUAGCAACAAUAAUGGAUUAAUAUUUCUUCAAAACUAUUUAAUAGUAGAAAAAUUUAUGGUUUUUAUUACAUAUAAAUAUGUUAACGAAUAUCUUUAGUAUUUAUGUGUUUACCAAUUUUAAAAAUAUAACUUAUCCCCACA